ACACGUGGGCGCGCACUGAGCAAAGCGAAGGCGAGGGGAGGAGGCGAGAUGAACUUCCUCAAGACGCUCGGGGGCCUCGUGGGCUCGAGCGCCACGGGCGGGCUGCCGUACUCGAUGGACACCCCGUCGAUGGACGGGAACGUGGCGGCAGGCGGCGCCGCGGGGGAGAGCGUCGUGUUCGAGGGGCUGCCGGACUUCGUUCUGUACUCGGGCAAGAGCAAGCAGGACCCGUCGCACGCCGUGUCCAUCUUCAAGUCCCGGCAGCCAGCGGGGCAGCUCACGCAGAACGCCCUGCGCCGCAUCAAGACGCUGCGCCACCCCAACAUCCUGGCCUACUUGGACGGCACUGAGAUCCCCAACAACGGGCCCGUGAUCAUCGUCACGGAGCAUGUCAUGCCGCUGUCAGAGUUUCUCACGGCGCUGCGUAUGGAGUACGGCGCCAACAGCGAGGAGUUUACCAUGUGUGUAUCCUGGGGCUUGCGCAGCAUUCUGAGAGCGCUGCAGUUCAUCACCGUCGACUGCAAACUCAUGCACGGUCGCCUCACGCCGCAGAGUAUCUUCGUGACCAAGGGUGGCGACUGGAAGCUGGGUGGGUUUGAGCUGACGGCCGAGGUAACGAGCGAUGGACCGUCUUAUAUUUACACGGCUUUCCAGCAAUACGCAGACAUCAACUACAAGUCACCAGAAUGCCAGCGCUCCGAUUGGAAGGCAGUCGCAACAGGGCCAUCGCAUGGAGUGGAUAUUUGGGCAUUCGCUUGCCUUAUGUACUACGUCUUCAACGAUGGCCAAUUUCGGUCUAGUGACGUAUCGACGGCCGCAAAUAUCCCGCCAGCAAUCCGAACACAGUUCCGUAAGGCUAUUGACGAUAAUGCUGCGCGGCGGCCAAAUCCACAGAAGAUGCUCAGCUGCAGCUACUUUGACACGCCGUUUAUUAAACGGAUGGAUUUCCUGGAGAACCUUGCUGUCAAGGAUUCGGAUGAAAAAGUCGCGUUCUACAAAGAACUCUGUGCCAACCUGGAGACGUUGCCGCGGUGCUUUGGUGUACACAAAAUUUUACCAGCAUUGAAGCAAGUGGUGGAGUUCGGAGCAGCGACUGGAACUAAAAACGGCCCUGUGAAGCUUGACCCCUCCGCCAGCCACAUGCUUCCGGCCAUGGUGCAGAUUGGUAGCUCGCUGUCUGCUGAAGAGUUCAAGGCGGAGGUGCUCCCUAUUAUCAUCAAGCUGUUCAGUUGUAACGACCGUGCUGUCCGCGUGCAGCUUUUGCAGAUGAUGGAGAAAUUUGCGGUCCACUUCGACGCAAAACUCGUCAACAGCUCCGUUGUCUUUGACAAUCUCUGUAGUGGUUUCACUGAUGCGGCUCCAGUCUUACGUGAGCUCACUGUCAAAUCGAUGCUGCAUAUUGCGGACAAGUUGUCGGACAGUAAUCUCAACAACCGUGUGAUGAAGUAUUUCGCGAAGCUUCAGUCUGACCCUGAACCAGCCAUCCGCACCAACACUACGAUUUGUCUAGGAAAGAUCGCUAGCAAACUCAAUGAUGCUACAAGGCCCAAGGUACUUUUUCCAGCGUUCGCGAAAGCUCUUCGAGACCCGUUCCCACAUGCACGUCUUGCUGGACUCCGCUCAAUGACUGCGUGUCAAGAAUACUUCACGCCACAGGGCAUGGCUGGGAGUAUUGUCCCAGCAAUCGCUCCUCUCCUUCUUGACGUUUCAAUUACUGUUCGAGAUCAGGCGAAAGUUUCGAUGGAUCUCUUUAUGAAGAAGGUCAUGGAUGAAGCAGCUCAGAUGAAGAUUAGGGAGGAGCUAGAAGCCAAGGAACGUGAGCUGAAGCGCGCUUCAGGAGAAGACGAGCAUGUGGGCGGAACUGGCGCUGCUGGAGUCACUCCACCGUCGUCAAAUGGUGCUCACAGUUCGGGCGGAUAUGCGUCAUCGCUUACUGCGUGGGCCUCUUCGGCUGUGGCUUCGAACGUGAACAAGCUGGUUGGAUCAGGUGGGUCAUCCUCCGCGCUCUCUGCGUCAGGGGCUUCAGCUGCUGCUUCUUCGUCGCGAACUUCCUCCUUUUCGAGUAGCACAAACCAGAACAGUGCGUUCAGUUCGACAACUGCCUCAUUAUCGAAGCACAACAGGUCCAACGCGUUUCCAGCAGAUGACCUAACGGCUGAAGAAGGUUGGGGUGAUGAUGACGACUUGGACGGACUCGACAGUCCUAAGCGCACAAGUUCGGGUUUUGGCUCGUCGUUAUCGGUGAACCGAGGGGCUACUUCGUCGUUCACGUCUCCGGCAGCAUCUUCCUUAUCUACGUCGUUGUCGUCAUCGUCUUCAUCGGUGAAGUUAAAUGUGUCUCGCAACUCAGGUUCGGGUUUGGCAACUUCAGCCAAGGAUACCACAUCUGCAACGUCUACCUUCGCGAUGAGCAGCGACAACGCGUGGGAUGACAACUGGGGUGGCGAUGAUGAUCUUGAUCUCGACGUGUCGGCGCCUAAGGCCACCGGCCUUAACGCAAGUUCCCAAAAGAGUUCCAGUGGACUGAAUACCUCAUCUUUCAUGACCAACCAGACCGCACCAGGCUCGUACGGUGGGCUAGCUUCGAGCCGAAAAACAGCCAGCGAGCGUCGCGCAGAGGCUCAAGCAAAGGCAAAGGCAAAGCAUGAGCCCCUAGGUGCGAUGAAGCUGUCAUCAACGGCUGGUGCCAAGGCGGACGACUGGAAUUGGGAUUUCUAG